CAAGCUGCAACAGAAUCAAUGUAUCUGGCUAAAGAUUGACAUGUGUGAGUGGGCCGUCUGCUAAGGUCUGGGGGGAUUAAAGUCGAUCACUGGACCUUCAGUCGACUACAUCGUGCUGAGACGCUCACACAGCACCAUGCUGGCUGCAGCGGUCCUGCUCGUAAGCCUGAGUCUGCUAAGUGUCCACGGACACGACACAACUCUGGACACCAUCUACAUAGAUUACGAAGAUUACACAGGCACAGACGCUCCUGACUCCAUUUUCAGUUUUGACGACUGGCUGUUCGACCUCCUGGAGGACAAUUCCUGUGAUCCAAACCCUUGUUAUCAUGGUGCCUCGUGCCAAAGUAAAUCUAGUACAGAAUUCACAUGCAGUUGUCCUGAGCCUUACAUCGGCAAGAGGUGUCAAAAAGUGAGAAACGUUUGCCAGAACGUCAAGUGUGGCCGUGGUGACUGCGUCGUCAACCUAAACAAACCUCCAUUUUAUGAGUGCAAGUGCAGACCACCCUACCAAGGCCCUGACUGCAAGACCUUGCCGACCUCACCCUGUGAGCCCAACCCCUGCAAGAACGGAGGGUCUUGCAUCAAAGGGAACCGCCGCUUCCGCUGCGCCUGUCCUACUGGAUUUACUGGGAAAUUCUGUGAAGCUGCUCCUACUGACUGUUACAGUGGAAAUGGAGAGACAUACAGAGGUGCUGUCAGUACGACAGAGGACGGGCUGGAGUGUCUGGACUGGAAGUCCAAUUUCAUUAUGCUGAAUGGGGACGAUCCAUUUUCUGUAUUCGCGGACUUUAACGGACUGGAUGAUAACAACUGCAGGAACCCAGAUGGGGAUACCAAGCCCUGGUGUUUCAUUAAAAAACAAAACAAACUAGAAUGGGACUACUGCAACGUCAAGAAGUGCACUCAAGUCCCGGCCACUCCACCACCAGUCAAACCAGUCACACCAGCGCCAGGAACUACACCAUUCUCCCAGUGUGGCAGACCCCAGACUCGCACUAGCAGGAUUUUUGGGGGCAGCAAGUCUUUCCCUGGCGCCCACCCCUGGCAGGUGUCGCUGCAGGUCCGACCCAAACGCUCAAACUUUCAGUUUGAGCACACGUGUGGUGGAAUCCUCCUGUCGUCCUGCUGGGUCCUCACUGCUGCCCACUGCAUUUCAUCUGCAAAUGAAUACCAAGUGGUACUGGGAGGUGUGAACAUAGAGAAACAGGAGGAGAUGGAUCAGACCAUCCCAGUAAUACAAACGAUUAUUCAUGAGAACUACAGGGACACUGGAGCCGCUCUGUACAACGACGUUGCUCUGCUUAAACUCAAAGUCACCGACAGCCCUUACUGUGCCAAGGAGACCCGCUUUGUGAAGUCAGUGUGUCUACCAGACCAAACCUUCCCAUCUGGCAAGGAGUGCGUGAUCUCUGGAUGGGGAGCCACUGAAACACAGAGGUACAGCAGCCAGCUGUUGAACGCUCGUGUGCUCCUGAUCUCCGAUGCACGAUGCAAAGCUCCUGAGGUCUACGGAAGUGUGCUGGACAACAGCAUGCUCUGUGCAGGGAUCAUGCAGGGGGGUACCGACUCCUGUCAGGGCGACUCAGGAGGACCCUUGGUGUGUCAGGAUAAUGGAGUGCACUACAUCACCGGCGUGGUGAGCUGGGGCCAAGGCUGUGGUGGGAGGAACAAGCCUGGCGUCUACGCCAACGUCAACGCUUUUACCAGCUGGAUCAGAAGCAAGAUGAACUGAACCAUAUCAGUCAAGUGAAUUCAAACACU